UUGACGUGACGUGAGUUGAAGGGAGAGCGCGGGGAAGGGUUGGCGGUUCGGGGUUAGAAGCGCGGGUCGCGGCACCAAGAUGAGCCUGUGGGUGGAUAAGUACCGGCCGACGUCCCUUAGCAAGCUGGACUAUCACAGGGAGCAGGCCGGCCAGCUCCGUAACCUGGUCCAAUGUGGUGAUUUCCCUCAUUUGCUGGUAUAUGGGCCUUCAGGCUCAGGAAAGAAGACCAGGAUAAUGUGUUUGCUUCGUGAACUUUAUGGCGCAGGAAUAGAGAAACUAAGGAUUGAACAUCAAACAAUUACAACACCAUCUAAAAAGAAACUGGAAAUAAGCACAAUAGCAAGCAACUAUCACCUUGAAGUGAAUGCAAGUGAUGCUGGGAACAGUGACCGAGUGGUUAUUCAAGAACUAAUUAAAACAGUAGCACAGUCUCAACAACUUGAGACAAGUACACAGAGAGACUUCAAAGUUGUAUUACUGACAGAAGUUGACAGACUAACAAAGGAUGCCCAGCAUGCGCUGAGGAGGACAAUGGAAAAAUACAUGUCCACGUGCAGAUUAAUUCUUUGCUGUAACUCAACAUCAAAGGUUAUUCCUCCUGUUCGUAGCCGAUGUCUUGCAGUCCGUGUUUCUGCACCCAGCAUUGAGGAAAUUUGUCAUGUGCUAAGUGGAGUUUGCAAGAAAGAAGGCCUCAUACUUCCUCAAGAAUUGGCUCGGAAUAUUGCUGAAAAAUCUGAUCGGAAUCUGAGGAAAGCAUUGCUUAUGUGUGAAGCUUGCAGGGUUCAGCAAUAUCCAUUUUCAGCAGAUCAAGAUAUUCCUGAGACAGACUGGGAAAUUUAUCUCAGAGAAACCGCUAAUGCCAUUGUCAGCCAGCAAACCCCACAAAGGCUGCUGGAAGUCCGUGGACGGUUGUAUGAGCUACUGACCCACUGCAUACCCCCUGAGAUAAUAAUGAAGGGCCUCUUGAUAGAGUUGUUAAACAACUGCGAUGGUUUACUUAAAGGGGAGGUUGCACAGAUGGCUGCCUACUACGAACAUCGUCUGCAGCUUGGCAGCAAGGCCAUCUAUCACCUGGAAGCAUUUGUGGCUAAAUUUAUGGCUAUUUAUAAACAAUUCAUGGAAGAUGGUUUGGAAGCUAUGAUGUUCUAAUAAACAUCCUGUGUUUAAAUAUGUUCUUCAACUUUGAAACAAUAUGAAUAUAACUGGAUGAAUCUUUGUAUGCUUUGGAAACUAAUCCAAAACUCGUAAUACACUUUAGGUUUACUCUGAAUAAAUCUAGCCUAACUUUGCACAAACCUGUUUUGUCCCAAUAUAGCAAUACACAACCUGAUAAGGCUGAUGUAAAUAAUUGCCUGAAUCCAUAAUAAACAGGAUUUUAAUGAA